CUACGGGCUACUCAAGCAUCAACCAUUGACAAAUACGAGUUGAAAUAACAAAAUAGUUCACCGCUUUACCAUGGAGGAGCUAAAUGAGUGGGAAUCUAUCGACCACGAUGCCGUUAGCGGACUAAAGACAGGGACGAACGAUGUGAUCUCGGCUCAAUCCUCGAAGGAUCCGCAAGAAGAGAAACCUCCAGCACCCACCAAAUUCUCGAAGAAAUCGGAGUCUGUGCAAAACGACGUGCAAUGGCAUUUCAACAAGGAGAAAACUCGUGAAAAUAUAGAGAGGAGCCGAGAAGUUUACUUUGCCCAAAAAUUCUCUAGCCUCGAUCUUGGACCCUCUAAUGCUGCUAUCACGCCAACUUCAAACCAACCGAGUUCAAAUUGCCUGCCAUCCGACUCUGAUCGAAUCAUCAAAAGCAUCGGAUACUCAAGUAACCCCUCCUCGCUUCCCCACUCGCUACGAAUGGCCAUUAGCAACCGCUUCACCCACGACCAGCUAAGCAAGUUCAAAGAAGAGGCCGAGCUCAACUUCUCGCACCCUCUCCCCUACUUCUUCUCUGGCUCCUUCAUGUUCCCUGCAUGUCUGCGCGCCGUCACGAACGGCACAACGCUGGCCUCCGUCGCAUCUUGCAUGACUCCCGCCGUGUUGCGAGGGUACAAUCGAUAUGCUGUGAAUGGGCAACCAUGGCCUGCUAUGCUUCCUUCAACUAAUGUCGAGGACUCUGUUUGGGGCUUGCUGGUCUUCGGAAUGCUGGAGAGUCAGCGUAAAGCGAUCCAUCGUUUCGAGAACAACAUGUUUGAUCUUCGCAGGACGAAGGUGGAGGUGGAGCUAGAAGGAGGUGGGAAAGUAAUAAUUGAUGCGGGUGUGUAUGUGUGGAACCAGUCACCAGACAGACUGAUUCAGAAGGAAGAUAGGGAGUGGAAAGUGGAAGAUUUGAUGGGUAGUGCAUGGUUCAAUAGUAUCGUCAAGAGGGCAGAAGAUGAAGAGAAACUAUUAGAGGGUGGAAGCUCUGUUGGCUUUUGAGCGAUUCAAUGUCAUUAUGAAAAGAGAUCGCUACUGAUGGGAUGCAGGUGAAAGGAGAAAGUUAAAAGACUGUCCGGAACAAAAGUUGCG